AUAAAAAGUUCAAGAUAUUUUAAAACAAGUUAAAAAUAUAUAAACAUUUUCAAGUUACAUAUAUUAUUUAAGCAGUCCAAAAUGGAUAAUGAAGAAAUAAUUUCCGAUGAAUCUUUGUCGGAUAGAUCAACCACAGAUGUAGAAGAAGUAGCGUCCACAACGAAUCAUAAACGAAAGAAACAAGUUGUCAUUCGACGUAAAAACAAAUUUAGUGAUAGUUGGAAAAACAAAUUUAGUUGGGUAACCAGAACUAACAAGGAAUCCAUGGCCAAAUGCAUCGUUUGUGGUAUUUGUUUUUCAAUUGCAAAUAGCGGUAUUACAGGUAUCAAGCGCCAUAUGAAGACAGCAAAACAUAUGCGGAAUUUAGGAAGCUAUCAACAGAAACCUGUAAGUCAUUUUUUCAACAAUAGUUCGAAUAAAGAAACACAAGGAGCAACAGAGGCAAGUUCAAUGGCAGAGGCAGCUUUUGUCUAUCAUACCAUCACACAUAGCCACAGCUACCAAUCCGCAGAUUGCAGUAAUAAGCUUUUUAAACAAAUGUUUCCAGACUCAAAUGUAGCUUCUACUUUUACAUGUGGUAAAACAAAGUUGUCGAAGAUCGCUACUAACAUUUUGGCUAAGUAUUCUAUUGAAACCGUACUUAAGGACUUGAAUGAUGAUCACCCUUUUUCUAUAUCAACCGAUGCGUCAAACAAAGGAAAUAUUAAAACAUUUCCAAUUGUUCUCCGAUACUUUUCUAAGCAUACGGGAGUAAAUACAAAACUUUUGAACUUUUAUGAGUCAAAUUCGGUUAUUUUAAAAUGGCGGCUAUGGAGAUAUGUAAUGAUGGCGGAUGUUGAAAAGAUGUAUGAUGCUAAUAAUGACGUAAAACUUGUCGAGGAAGAGACUUUAGACAUCGAUAAUGAAGGAGGUGCUGAUAAUGAAUUAACCGAAGAUGUUGAUGACGUAACAUUUUCUUAA